UGCAAGUAGUUGAGUAUUCUUCUUAUAUGUAUGUUACCAGUACCCUUUAUUUAUUCGUCCCUAAUUAAUUUAUAUUCUGGAAUAGGAUUAUUAAAACAUCUGAAGUUACAACAAUAUUGCUGUAAAGAUUUUAAAUAAAUAACUGUAUUGAAAGUAGUUAAGACUAUGUAUGUAUAUACUUAGUCCUGCCAUACAUAUAUUAAAUGAGUAAUGUACAAAAUUUUAUUCGAAAUGGCAACGUUUUGAUUUCAUACAAGCUUCAUUUAUCAAUAGCAGCUCGCACAGUUUCUAUUGGCAUUAACGACGCUGUUCAAAGCAAAUAUUUUUUGAUAUUCUUAAAAUUUUUGUGCGGUAUUCGACAGGUUAUAUUCUCCAACUCUGACCACAAACUGUAGACCUAUAGAUUCAAAUCUGGACUUACAGACGGCCAACCAACAACAGUUAUGAAACCAGGAAUGUUGGUUUUAAGCUACUCCUGGGUGGCUUAUGGUUAUAAAAAACCUCUACAACAGAGAAAACUUUUUGGUUUAUAAAAAUAAUACUUUCAAGGUCGUUAACCGCGUGCCACUAAUGAAACCGCUUACAUCUGUUGAACCUUAUUUACUUCAAACGCGUUGUGAGAAGAUAAUCAGUUGGCCAACAGUGGGCUUUCAAUUGGACAUCAUUUCGAAAUAGUCUUGACAUUGAUCUAGUCGAUGUAUCCAUUUCCCUUAUGUUUUCUUAGAGAAUUUCUCCGAACACGUUAGCGACCAGUUUUUGUGGCUGAAUUGGUUCGAACCACGCGAGAACGACCACUUCUCUUUCUAUCAUCAACUGUAGACAUUUUGGAAACCCGAUCAAUAGUACGGCAAACAAACGUUCUCGAAAUAUCAAGUUUUUUGAGAAGCUGACAAAUUGCUUUUGCAUCUAAACUCAUAUAACUCACCGCAAUACGAUUGUUUUUAACUCCAUUGCUAAUAAGCGAAAGCAAACAUUGAACUGAUUCUUAGUCGGAAAUACUGAAUUGCCUCGAGAGCUUCCAUAUAACAAUUAUAGUAUACGUUUGUUAAAGCUAUUAUACACUUACAGUGUAUUGUUACAUGCAUUAUAUGCAUUAUUUAAACCGCUACAAAUUCAAAUAAAGGGUGUUUAGUUGGGAGGCAACAAAACAUUAAAGCAAUUGGCUUUUGACCGUCGAAGUGACAGCGGUGCAAUGGAAAAUCAAUAACGGCAACUUGAAUACAAGUAAAUUGUGAGUGAGCAAACUCACCACCGGAUGUGAGCGAGUUGUGCUAGUAAAUUGACGACUUCAAGCAGAGAGCCCUAAAGGAUACAAAACUAUACACUCAAAUCGUGAGAAUUGAGAACUUGAAGCAGACAGUCAUCAGUGAAGUAGCCAGUCAGUCGCAAUACAAAUACGUUUUUAUCAUUCACUCGCAUAUUAUACGGUGCAGUAAUUGUGAAAACACAGUGGGAAUUUGCGUGAAGAAUUAUUCGUGCUUUUAAAUAGUAAAACUAUUUUACAGUGCUAAUUAAAUAUAAAUAAACAAAAGAAACAAACAAAAAACUAGCUAUAAAAGUCAAUACAAAAGCGAAAAGGCAAAAUUUCGUCUACAACAUCUUUGGCUUGCAUCGAUGGUGAUUGUGGGUGGGGAAUUACGCUUCGAUUUUUCACCAGAGCAUACAAUAUUCGAUUAACGCGAGCUAUAAUUACUUUUCGCAGCAAUUUCUUAACUUUAAACAAAGCUAACAGCGUUUUUAUUAUCACACCGUGGAGUCUGAGCUAAUUGUGUCCGUUCCCAGGUUAUAUUUUUUCAACAAUUUGAUUUGGCUUAUGCGCACCCAAUACCUAUAACAUGCGCUCCCUGGCUGACGAAACCAGGAAAUUAACGUUAAACAAUAACAAUAACAACAGUACAGUCGAACAACCAAGUACACAAUCGACAACCAUAGCGGUUUUUACGCAGUCAAAAAACUCGAAUAAAGUAUACAAGAUGCAACAGCAAGUCAACGUGAUGACCAGUGUCACCACGGGUGUUCAUCAAAAGCAACAUCAACAUCAUCAACAACAACAGCAUCAGCAGCAACUUAAGCAACAGCAGAACAACAACUCCACAACAAUUAGCCUGCCAAAGGCGUCACAUGCAAAUACAAGCGAAGAGAUUGCCGGCGGCGUGCAGGACACCAUCUAUUUGUGCAACUUUCGCGUAUCCGUUGACGGCGAUUGGCUGUGCCUGAAGGAGCUACAAGAUCUUGACAUUGGGCAGCAGCAUAGUGGCGGCGGUGGCACCAGUACCAGCGUUUAUGGCGUACAACGCGGCACACAGCUGGGCCAAAAGAACAAACGCUAUUCGGGAAUGUCGAACGGUUUGGAUGAUAAUGGUAUAUUGACUGUCCGUAACUUGCUGGGUCGUCGUUUUAACGAUGCACCCGAACAUGUGCACAAGACGAACGGUUCGUCGUCGUCGUCGUUGUCGCACUUGCUUACCGCACGACACGCACAUGCAGAUAAUGGCUUGAUUGGUGUGUUUGGUGUUGGUGGUACUGGUGAAUGGUCCAAUCACCCACGCGAUCCAGCUGAAAUCGAACGCAGUAAUCUCGUAAAUAUUUGUAAACUCGUGGUAAAGGAAUUACUAGAGCAAUCGCUACGUUUCGGACGUAUGUUGGACUCGGAUCACCUACCGCUGCAACAUUUUUUCAUUGUCAUAGAGCAUGUGCUAGGUCAUGGCUUGCGUCCAAAGAAGGGUCUUUUGGGGCCACGCAAAGAAUUGUGGGAUCUGUUGCAGAGCGUAGAAAACUAUUGUCCCGAAGCGCAGGAUAUCACCGCAAGUGUACGUGAUUUGCCCACCGUGCGCACACAUAUUGGACGCGCUCGAGCUUGGCUACGCAUAGCGUUGAUGCAGAAGAAAUUGGCCGAUUAUUUGCAAGCGCUUAUCGAACAACGAGACGAUUCACUCUACGAAUACUACGAACCGCAUGCGCUAAUGAUGAGCGACGAGAUUGUGGUCAUUAUGGGCAUUCUAGUGGGUCUAAAUGUUAUCGAUUGUAAUUUGUGCGUGAAAGAGGAAGAUCUGGAUUCACAACAGGGUGUUAUCGACUUCUCGCUUUACUUGCGUUCAAGUUCGCGCAGUAACGAGAACGACGAAGAGAUCAAUCAGUCAUUGGAGGCGAAUGGUCAGGGCAAUAUGAUUGCCGUGUUGGACCAAAAGAACUACAUUGAAGAGCUCAAUCGGCAUUUAAAUGCCACAGUCGGUAAUCUACAGGCUAAAGUUGAAUCCCUUACAACAACAAAUGCGCUUAUGAAGGAGGAUCUAGCGAUUGCGCGCAAUAGCCUCUUAGCCUUACAAGCCGAAAAUCAAGCACUACGUCAAAAUGCCACCCUUACCAAAGAUGUUCCUACAUCAAACGCAGAAGACAGUCCAAACAAAUCGUCAGAUCGUGCGAAUAAAGCAACGAUCGAAACACUCAACGCCGAGUUGUGUGAAGAGAAAAAGAAAUAUGCCGAACUCGAUAAGGAGUUGAAACUACAAGUAUCUCUUAAAGCCGAAUCCGAUAUGGCAAUGAAAUUGCUUGAAAAGGAUAUACACGAAAAGCAGGAUACAAUCGUAUCGUUGCGACGACAAUUGGACGAUAUAAAACAAAUUAAUUUGGAAAUGUAUCGCAAAUUACAGGAAUGUGAAGACGAGCUGACCCAGAAGGGUGAAAUGGUCUCACGCCUACAAACCAAAGCUUCACAAAUCGGCAACAUAUUGCAAUCGCUCGAAAGGAAAUACGAGUCUAAGCUAGAGCAGCAACAACAACAACAGCAAUUGGCUGGCCAACCCGUUGGCGAUAAAUCGCCCGCGUCACGACGUCAACAAAAUCUACAAAAAUUCGAAGCGCUUACCAAAAAGCAUCGGCAGGACAUUGGGCCACCGGUGAAGCGUUUACAUUUGAAAGUCGACGCCAUACCACCAUUCAAUCCCAAUAAUUAUCGCAAGUCACCAUCGGCAACAGUCGCACCCGACAAACUAGAGGCUGAGGGCGAACUCAAAACACCCACUUCAGCGAAAUCAUUCACCGAAGUGGGCAAAUCCUAUCCGGACAAGCCGAUGGACACCUGCAAAAGUGACUAUGCCUUGUCGCAAGAGAAAAUCUAAAACUGAAAAUAUGUUAGAUACUUAUUUAGGCAUUCAUUAAAUUAAACAUUACUUGAUGUUAAGCAUUUAUUUUACAAAAAAAAAAAAACAACAACAAUAAUCGAAAAUCAUUUAGAAAACUAGUUGAAAGUUUCGUUAGCGAUUCCUAUAGGCUUGCUACUAGUGCAAGUAUGUGUUUAGAUGCUGCAAAGCUGCAAAAGAUUAUGUAAAAAUAUUUUUGAAAAUUUUAAAAAAAGGUUAAAUGAAAGUUUAAUGUCUUAAUUAAAAUCAUAUUUAAUUUGAAACAAAAAAAUAAUAAUAAUAAAAUAGAAGAACAACAAUAAUAAUGUAUAAUUGUCGUUAGCGUAAAGUAUGGCUAACGCUUACUCAAGUCUUUAUAGCUGUGAACAGUCAUUACCAAUACUCGUAUUCGCAUACUACAGGCCUUUUUAUUAACUUAGGAGAUAUUUUGAAAGUAAAAAUUCGUACAUACAAUACAAAUAUAAUAUAAAGUUAGAAGCCUAGAUAAAUACAUACAUACAUACAUAUUUAGCUACAUAUACAAACAUAUAUUGUUGUUAAAAAUAUGGAUGUUGAAAUGUAUUUGAAUUAUAAGUUAAAGCGCAAAAUAUCUGCAGUCUAUUCAAAAGUACAAUGCUAUAUUCUUACAGAUAACAUACAGACAUACAUACAUGUAAACAGAAAUGUAAUACCUGUGCGUAGAUAUACCGAAAAGUUACUAUGUAUGUACACAUAAAACCAAUCAGAGGAAUUUAGUACUCAGAAAUCAUAGAUUAUAGCAACUAAACAUACAUACAUACAUAUAUACUUAUAAAUAGGUAUACUUGAAGGAGUUAUAUCCAGUUGCAAGUCAGAAAAAAAGCGUUUUUUUAAUUGUUUUUUUUUGUUUUUUUCUGAUGAGGCAUUAAAAAUAAACUACAUUUACAGAAUUUAAUGCACAUUAAUAAUUCAUUUUAUUUUGAAAUAUUGAAUUCAAUGAAAUCUCCAGAAGGACCCCCAUGAAAAGGUGUCUGGCGGUGAAGAAGAUUUUUCCUUUUAACAUUUUCACCAAUGCAAAAACCCAAAAAAAAA